AUGGAACUGCGAGUUUUGAAAUCAAAGACAGAUGAAUUUCUGAUAAAACAUCUCAACAACGAUCAAGUCCGGAAAGCAGCCGAUGCCCUUUCCCUUCCUCGACCAAACCGUUGUAACCACCACGCCAACCGUCACAACAGCCGCAAUGAAUUCCCCAAAAAUGACGAAAAUGCCCUUAAUCCUCCUCCUGUCGUUUUGCUCUUCACUGUCAUCGUUUUGAUUGGCACCGGUUGGUCGUUUUUGAAACCCUUUUUACAAGAAAGGGAAAAGAAAGUUUUGAUGAUCGUGAUUCCACUUCAAGUUUUAGCUAAUAUCGCGUCGGUCGUGAUCGGAGAAAUGGGGCCGUUUAUUAAAGAUUGGGUGACAUGGAACCAGGUGUUUUUGCUGGUUGAUAUCAUCUGCUGUUGCGCCAUUAUUUUCCCAAUUGUUUGGUCGAUUCGUUCACUGAGAGAAACCUCGAAAACUGAUGGAAAGGCAGCGAGGAACUUGGCCAAGUUGACUCUGUUUCGGCAGUUUUACAUUGUGGUGAUUGGGUAUUUGUAUUUUACAAGAAUUGUGGUGUUUGCUUUGAGGACCAUCGCAGCUUACAAGUAUCAGUGGGUCAGCAAUGCAGCGGAGGAGACCGCUACUCUGGCGUUUUAUUUGGUGAUCUUUUAUAUGUUCAGGCCGGUGGAGAAAAAUGAGUACUUUGUUCUUGAUGAUGAUGAUGAAGAUGAAGAGGCUGCUGAGCUCGCCCUUAGAGAUGAAGAAUUCGAGCUUUGAUUAAAUGGGGAUUGUUGAAAAGCGAAUUGAU